GCUUUUUGGGCGGAACUGUCUACGUGGGCGUUUUUGGGUCAGCACAACCCACACAACGGCGUAUUCCUACACGGAGAAAAGAAAAAGAGGCCACAUUUCGCAGCCGUCACUAAGCAGGGAACCACCGCGAGUGUAUCAAAAUGUGUAAAGUGAAAAUUUUAAGAGCCUUGGUGGAGCAGCGACUUAACGUGGCCGUCGAAGAGAUUUUCGGAAUGUUCGAAAGAACCAUCGCCGAGUACGAGGAAGAACUUUGCCGAACAAAAGAGGAGAACGUGCGGCAACGCGAAAUUCUCGACAGUAUGUUCAACCAUCAAACCGGACUGCACGCAUCAGACGUGCAGCAGGUGUUGGUGGAGAGUCAAGAUGAUGAGGAGGAUGAAGAAGAGGAUGAGGAGGAGGAGGAGGAGGAGGAGGAAGAAGAUGUGCUAGCAAAGCUCCCCCACAUUAAAGAGGAAGAGGAAGAAGAGGACGUAUGGAAGAGUCCACCCAUACCGGAGGCGGACAUCACCGCGUUCACGUUGUCCGGUGUCCGUGUGAAGACGGAAGAUGACGACGCUCACUCCUCGCGGCAUCAAAGUGAGGAGAACAGAGGCGGCGGUUCGAGUCAAACCUUGACGACAGAAGCCGGCGGAGAACACUGCGAAGAUCUCUGCUCGCCAACAAACAUCAUGGCGCCAUUAUCUGACGCGGAAGACCUGAUGUCACACUCUUCCGACACCGACAACAACAAAGAAGCUUCCAACUCCAAAGGUGAAAGGAAACUCUUCGUCUGCUCCGACUGCGGUAAAACGUUUGUGAACAAAAGCGUUUUGAAAAACCACAUGGUCACGCACACGGGAGAAAAACGUUUUGCGUGCUCGGUUUGCGAUAAGAAAUUCUCCUUAAAGCAUCACGUGAACAGGCACAUGAGAAUCCACACGGGCGAGCAUCCCUAUACUUGUUCGGUUUGCGGGAAAGGAUUCCGCGACAAGUUUGGCUUGAGGAGCCACAUGAGCAAACACACCGGCCAGAAACCGUAUUCCUGUCCAAUUUGCGCGAAAGGUUUGUCUUGUAACUCGUCGCUGCGGAUUCACAUGAGAUUACACACCGAGGAGAAACCAUUUAUGUGUACCGUUUGCGGCAAAGGUUUCUCCGGCAGUUCGUCUUUCAGCGUACACGUGAGACAACACACGGGGGAGAAGCCUUUUGUCUGCCCCAUUUGUAGCAAAUGUUUCUCCCGUCAAGAAACACUCACCGUGCACAUUAAACGUCACACUGAGGGCCAACAGUAACCGGGGACACAAUGCAACUGCUAAUUUGCCUGUAGUCAAGAGUUGAAACCAUAAUUAUGCCACAUGUACCAAACCUGUUGAGCUACAUUUCUAGCGUUUAAUUAACCAGCAUGGGCAAUUAAAAUCGGCCUUUUAUGGCUCUUCAUACAUCAGCCAGAAUAAUCGGCCUAAUGGGUGAUUGUUUUUAUCUUUAUGUCCUCUAACUAUUUACAUCCAUUGUACACUGGUCUCAUUGUUUAUGAUACAAAAAAAAAUCCAUACCUUUUAACCUUGUAUUCUUAAUUACAUCUAUGACAAGGAUUAUUGUCCUUUGAAUUUCAUUUAUUCAACGCAUUACUCCACCCAAGGCAAUCUGGGAACCGAGAAAAGGAAAGUUGUUUAUUUGAAUAGUGACAGUUUGGAAUGAGGAUCAGGCUGGCGCAUGAAUAACGAACAGCCGCGUAUAAUUAAUGCCCAUUCUAGUGCGUUGGGGGUAUUUUUUUUAAUGCAUUAUAUAUUGUUUAAAUUAAUCAGCCAAUUGAUUGAUAAUCUGUUAUUUUUUUCUGCAUUUAAAAAAAAAUCCAUAUCGGUCAGGCCUUAAUGAUUUCAUUUGUAUAUGCAUAGAAGUCUCACCGGUACAACCCAGGCUAAACUUAGCUCCUUUCCGGCAUACAAAGCUUGUCUCUCGGUUUAAGAUGUAUCACUUCAACCUACGUUGUGGACACCUAUUCCUAAUUAGACAGGAGCUUUGCAGGGAAUCGAUGGGUGUAACUUUCAUAGAAAUAAAAUGCAAAUAGGUGCAUUUGUGACUGUUGAAGUACAAAUAUGCGGGGAUUACUGUCCGCUGAUUAAGGAGAAUUACGUUUCACGUUUGACACUAAUUAUUGAUGUUAUGUUCUGAAGUCGACAUCGACAGUAGCUGAAGUUGGAAAACUAUACAUCAAUGUUUUUGUAACAUAAUUUGUCAAAAAAAUGUAUCCACUAUUGACAUAUAAUUAAAAAAAACACCUGUAUGAA